ACGCUUGUCAUAGUGGCUGCUGUUGUCGCAAUGGUGGCGACGGAGAGACAUUGAAUGACUUUGGCUCAAUCCCGAAAAUAGCCGGCCUUGUUGCUGAUAAUACUGACGGCAUGGAGGCGCUUAUUCCUGUGAUAAACAAGCUCCAGGAUGUGUUCAACACAGUGGGGUCGGAUAUUAUCCAGCUGCCGCAGAUAGCCGUGGUGGGGACGCAGAGCAGUGGAAAGAGUUCUGUCCUGGAGAGCCUGGUGGGCAGAGACCUGCUCCCCCGUGGCACUGGCAUCGUCACCAGGCGUCCUCUCAUCCUCCAGCUGGUUCACGUCGAUCCUGGAGAUGCCCGUAAAAAUGAAGACUGCGGCAGAGAAGGUGAAGAGUGGGGGAAGUUUCUACACACCAAAGCUAUGAUUUACACUGAUUUUGAUGAAAUUAGGCAAGAAAUUGAAACAGAAACACAGCGAGUGUCAGGGAAUAAUAAGGGCAUCAGUGAUGAACCCAUUCAUCUGAAGAUAUUUUCUCCUCACGUUGUCAACCUCACCCUAGUGGACUUGCCUGGUAUCACCAAGGUGCCUGUGGGCGAUCAGCCUGUAGACAUCGAGAUCCAGAUCAGAGAUCUCAUCCUGAAGCACAUCUCCAACCCCAACUGCAUCAUUCUGGCCGUCACCGCCGCCAACACCGACAUGGCCACGUCUGAGGCCCUGAAGGUGGCGCGGGAAGUGGACCCCGAUGGCAGAAGGACCCUGGCCGUAGUGACCAAACUCGACCUGAUGGACGCCGGUACUGAUGCGAUGGAUGUGUUGAUGGGCCGAGUCAUUCCUGUCAAACUGGGACUUAUCGGCGUGGUCAACAGGAGCCAGUUGGACAUCAAUAAUAAGAAGUCGGUCGCUGAUGCAAUCCGUGAUGAACACGCUUUCCUGCAGAAGAAAUAUCCGUCCUUGGCUAACAGGAACGGGACCAAAUACCUGGCCAGGACCCUCAACAGACUACUGAUGCAUCACAUCCGCGACUGUCUGCCGGAGCUCAAGACACGGAUCAACGUCCUGGCCGCUCAGUACCAGUCCCUGCUCAGCAGCUACGGCGAACCCGUGGAGGAUCAAAGCGCCACCUUGCUCCAGCUCAUCACCAAGUUUGCCACGGAGUACUGCAACACCAUCGAGGGCACGGCCAAAUACAUCGAGACUGCAGAGCUGUGCGGAGGAGCCCGAAUAUGUUACAUAUUCCAUGAGACUUUUGGUCGAACUUUGGAGUGUGUGGACCCCCUAGGAGGCCUCAGUACCAUCGAUAUCCUAACAGCCAUAAGAAACGCAACCGGUCCUCGCCCGUCUCUGUUUGUGCCCGAGAUCUCCUUCGAGCUCCUCGUGAAGAAGCAGGUGAAACGGCUGGAGGAGCCCAGUCUGCGCUGCGUGGAGCUGGUCCACGAGGAAAUGCAGAGGAUCAUCCAGCACUGCAGCAACUACAGCACGCAGGAGCUGCAGAGAUUCCCCAAACUCCACGAGGCCAUCGUAGAAGUGGUCACAUCCCUCCUGAGGAAGAGACUGCCCAUCACCAAUGAGAUGGUCCACAACCUGGUUGCCAUAGAGCUGGCCUACAUCAACACAAAGCACCCAGACUUCGCAGACGCCUGCGGGGUCAUGAACAACAACAUCGAGGAGCAAAGAAGAAACCGGAUGAGAGAGCUUCCCUCUUCUGUGCCGAGAGAUAAGCCUCUUUGCAAGGGCCUGGCUGGCGAGCCUUCUGCGUCUGGAGCAGACAUGGACGGUGCCAAGACGCCAGCAGCAGGGCCUCAAGGCGAGCAGGACGUCACAGGCGCCUGGAGAGGGAUGCUCAAGAAGGGAGAAGAAGGUCCAGGUUCUGGUCCAGGAAGUCCCUUCAAAGGAGCCGUCAACCUGCUGGAUGUGCCGGUGCCGGUCGCCAGGAAGCUGUCGUCACGGGAGCAGCGGGACUGUGAGGUCAUCGAACGUCUCAUCAAGUCUUACUUCCUGAUUGUGCGCAAGAACAUCCAAGACAGUGUGCCCAAGGCGGUGAUGCACUUCCUGGUCAACCACGUGAAGGACAGUCUCCAGAGCGAGCUGGUGGGCCAGCUCUAUAAGUCGGGCCUCCUCAACGACCUGCUGACCGAGUCGGAGGACAUGGCCCAGCGGCGUAAGGAAGCGGCCGACAUGCUCCAGGCGUUGCAGAAGGCCAGUCAGGUGAUCGCUGAGAUCCGAGAAACUCACAUGUGGUGAAGUGGGACACAACACAGCACUGGACUCACAAGUACUUGUUAAUGUUGUCAUAUUCAGCAUUAUAUGAUGAUGUAAUAUUAUUAUGAUAAGGAACAAAAUAGUCCUCUCCUCCGUUUCGGAGUUGCAGUCUCACGUUUGCACUGAUGUCGCUCCACUGUAAAUAUUUAUUUAUACAUGCUUGCACCUUGCGUUUGUUUACAAGUGUAAUGUUUAGCAUUUGGUGUUUUCGCUCAUCAGGUCCUUAAGGCUCCGGUCUUGUUGCUUUUUGGCUACUGCUGCACUUGUAUUUCGAGACGCUCUUUGGUCCAUCAAAUCUCUUCUGGACUAAAUGAGGUUUUGCUUCGUUAUGUACGACAGGGGUCUCAAACUCAAUUUACCUGGGGGCCACUGGAUGCAGAAACUGGGUGAAGCUGGGCCCCAGGAAAACAUUUCUUAAAAAAAUACAUCAUGCACUUUUUUAUGAAUUCACCUUCUUUGAAUGGCUUUCCGGCCCUAGCAACAUACUUGCAAACUCUCGCGAUCUUUACGGGAAACACACGAAUAUCUGUGCCCCUCUUGACAAUCUCCCGUGGUAAUAAUUUUCCCGGUUUUCACUCGGACAACAAUAUUAAGGGCGUCCUCUAUAACUUUCUUUAGCGUCCUCUACAACUUGCCGUCUGGUCCGCUUUUCCACCAUACAAACAGUGUGCCGGCCCAAUCACAUACUGUAUGAGGCUUAAGCAGGCACAUGGAAGGAACCGCAAGGCAUACUUGGUCAACAGCCAUACAUGUCACUUUGAGGGUGGCCGUAUACACAAUUUUAUCACUGUUUACAAAUAUGCGCCACACUGUGAACCCACACCAAACAAGAUUGACACACAUUUUGGGAGAACAUCCACACUGUAACACAACAGAACAAAUACCCAGAAUCCAAUGUAGCACUAACUAUUCCAGGGUUACAAUAGGGGGCGGGGGUUGUAUACAGUACAUGUAGUUGUUUAUACGGCCACCCUCAGUGUGACCUGUAUGGCUGUUGAUCAACUAUGUCUUGCAGUUGCUCACUGCGUCUGCAGGAGCCAAAUACAACAUGUGGCUGGGCUGGCACGCGGUUUGUGUAGAUUGUAAAGUACGCUAAAGGCUGUGCCUCCACAGCGCGCCCUUAAUAUUGUUUGAGUGAAAUUCGGGGGACUGAUUACCCCUGGAGUGGUUUCGAAAAAUGGUACUCUACUGAAUAAAUUGAGGUUAUACAAGUAUGACGCUGUAAAGCACCGUUCAUAUAAAACCUGCGGGCCGCAAAAUAACAUCUCGGCCGCGUGUUUGAGACCCCUGAUGUACGAUAUAUAGCAGCUGCAUCAAGUAGAGAAGAUAUUUGUUGGAUUUAAGGGCCCAGAGUUGUACUGUACAUUGUUUGAAAACAUCCUGUUACAGUAGGUACAUGUAACAUUAUAAUGCAACAAUAAAUAAGACUUUCAUUUUUCUA